UCAAAAACAGAACGUUACGGGUAGUUUCACCGACAGUGACAGGCUCUAUUCGCACUACGAACAGCAGAACGGGAGGUGGGGGAGGAGGGAGUACCAUAACCUGUAGUUAUUGAUUGUCUUGUGUUGUAUUUCAUUUCCCACAACACAAAUUGGAUAUUAUUUAAGGUAUCAUGAGGGUUACACAGGUUUUGAACAAAAGGUACCCAACCCGUAAGCAGUAUGAACACUCAUAUGCAUUCAUUCCAUUUCAAGAUCUAUAUCCUCUAUCCCUUAAAGAUAGAUACGAGGCUCAACAGACAUCUGAUUCUGCAAGGCCAUGUAUUCCUCAACUAACAGUCCUCCUCCAAUGCUUCAAAGACUCUGAUUUUAAUCAGAAAAGAUGUGCAGAAUCUCUCAAGGCCUAUUAUGCUUGCAUUGAGGAUCAUAAAUCCCAGCAACUUGCUGAUACAAAAAAUAGAAAACUAAGUGAUGUAAAAAGAGUCAGAGAUCUCACGAAGCUGGAAGCCACAAGACUACUGCGACAGAAGCCUCUACAUCCCAAAAAAUAAUAUGCCUCCUCUCUUUCUGUUAAAAAAUUUAAUAAAGUAGUUUUUUGAGUUUCAA